AUGAGUCGACUCGCCGUCGCCAUUGGCCACGUCGAGUUCACCGGCAGCAGCCAAGUGCUCUACGUCGUGAACGUCCAGCAAGACGUGGACGAGUGGCAAGUGCGUCGCACGUACUCGGACUUUCGCAAGUUGCGCGACGACGUCCAGCGCGUCAUGAAAGAGGACGCGCGGACGCAGGAGCUGGACGACGACAGCUCGCGGACGUUCGCGCGGGAGCUCCAGGACGUCGCGUUCCCCUCGAAGCGCCUAUUUGGCAGCAAAAAGGACCACGUCGUCAAAGAACGCGCCGUGGAGCUCCACCGGUUUCUCAUGAAGCUGCUCUUUAUUACACACACGUACCGGAAGGCGCAGAAAGAGCGCUGCGAGCAGUACGUGCAGGCGCUGCCUGCUGACCAACAAGUUGCAGUUGCCGCGCUGCAGGACCGGACUCAAGCCAGCAUUACCGUGUUUCACUUGCUGCGGGACUUUUUAAAGCCCGUGACGAUUGAGAUGGACCAUGGAGGAUUGUCGCAGUCGAGAGACGGGCAAUUGAACGCGAUGGGGCGACUGAGUCGAGGCUUGAGAAGAAGAGAGGGAGAUGACGGCAGGGGGACGAUCCAGACAAGUCGAUUGAUUCGAGAGAGCAAGAUCUUGGCCAUGCGGAGCUCGACGAAUUCAACCAAGACGAGCACUAGUCGCGUGUCCAUGUCCAAUGGACAGCAGCAAAGGCCUCAGGUGGAAGAGCUGUGUGAGGAAUCGCAUACGGAUAUGGAACUCAAAAAUGUGCCUGGAAAUCGUGCACUGGACAGGUUGGACGCUUCGUUUAAAAGUGAGCGCGGUAUACGUAGCACGACGUGUCGGAAGUCGGCAACGAAGAAGGAUGUAGUGGCGGCGUCCGAGCGGUCGCGAGCUGACGUCAACACGCUACUGUGUGGACAGGGAUUGCAGAAACCAUCCUGUGCUUCGGCGGUGGCGAGGGAGUCCUGGAAGCAACAGCAGUACCCGGCUUCUGAUGGCAAUGUAGGGGGUGGAUGGAAACAUUACGCGGCGCACGCAGCUGCAUCGAUACCUAGCUCUGCAGGGUCAUCGGUGCACGACGAACCGGAGCCGGAAACAGAGAGGACGACUACUGCGUCUUCGUCCAUGCCAUUGUCAGCGUCUGGUGCAACAUUUGUAGAUGGAGGGAGAUGUAAGGGCUCGUCCUCGUCGUUCCUAUGCAAUACGAACAAGUGCUCGCGACGAGGUGGCGACGUAUUUAAUUCGUUUCAGGAAUCUCGGAGCAAGGACAUGAGCUUUGUUGUGCACAGCAAGGAGAUAAUGAGCUCGUCACGUACCAAGAGAAAAGCGUUGUCUACAAAGAGCAUCCAGAUGACGGAUUCAGAACGCAUGUCGCGUGUUAGCUCAGCUUUGAAUGCUCAAGCUAUUUCAAUCCAUGCACAGCGAGAAUUGGAAAAGUACUUGUCCGAGUACAGCGCUAUUAUGAUUUUGCGCUACGUGGACCGGUUUAUCAACAAAGCGGUGAUGAAAGCGCCAGGUUGUUAUAGCGUCGACGCGCAGUACCGGCUGGUUAUUGACAGCCAGCGAUUUCUCGAAGAGAUGGAAAUAACGUUCUCCGACUUGCCAAACAACUUUAAUGAGAUGUUCCACAUCCGUGCACCUCACGAACAAAGUGAGUGGGGUUUUCCUCCGGCGCUGGACAAGUACGUGCAGCUGAAGUGGGACUCGUUCCAGGCCAUGAAUAGUAGUAGUAGUCUUGUCAGUCUUGACACAGGGCACAGCAGCGCUGCUGAUCAUACAUCUGACUCGGAGGACUCGGACACGGAGUACGAGUACGAAGAGGUGGGCGGUGGCAGUGGCUAUAUGAAAGCAAAACACACGUUUUCAAACGACGAAGAGUCGAUGUUACAGGAGAUGAUUGACAACGGCACGGCUGGACGCGAGCAGAUGCUUCGUUUACGACGGCAAACUCAUGAGCAAGGCUGGAAUCGGCGUGACAAUCCUGGGUCUCGAUCUCAGCGCGUGAUUGAGAAGGGAUCAUCAAGUGAGUCGGAAGAAGGAGAGACAAAGACUCGACAGCGAGAGAAGCGUAGAAUGAAACAACGCGACCCGACGAGGAGUGGUCCAUGUGAAGUGGAGAAGUACCAGCAGGAACAGAAUGCUCGACGGAAAGACCGGCUCAGUCGAGUGCAGAGCAUCGGUGGCUUUGUGUAA